AUGCUAUCACUUCCAUAUACACUUAAAACUAUAAAGAGCCAACAUGUACUUCUCUAUUGUUAUAUCUAUUCUACAUUAUUAACUACUAUUACUUCCUUUAAAUAUAUAGUUAAAAAUGAUUGGCAUACGAUGGUGUUGGUGGUUUGGGUUAAAAGAAGAUCAAUCAGAGUGAUCUGUGAGGAUCGACCGUUCUUUAUGCAUAUGCACCAACAACAGCAAAGAGUUUACUUAUUUUUAAAUCAAACAAGUUGUUUUAGUCUUCGUGUCAUUCAUUCUACUACUACUUUUAACACCACCAUGAAAUUCUCUAAAUAUCUAAACACUAUGACUGUGUGGAAUCAUAAUUACAUUCCAUAUCAGAGGUUGAAAAGAAAGCUGAGAGCAAUGUAUUCACCGCAGUUACCAGCGUUGUCACUGAGCGACCCCAACUCGAAUGCGAUGAUCACUCCACCACCCUCGCCAAUGGUCGGAUACGACGAGUUCCUCGUUCUCAUCGAGAAUGAAAUCAACAAGAUCGAUUCGUUCAUUCGUGAGAAGGAGAACGACUUGUAUCAGCGAUAUCAAUAUCUGGUUUCGCGUUUCCGUGGUGUCGAUUUCGCCUCGCCAUUCUCUUCGUUUCUCUACCUCGUACAGAUGCCGACUACUGCAGCUACCACCACUGCAACACCUGCAACCAUUGCAGGUUACAAAGAGAUCAAUUCGAUGCUUGCCUAUCAGAAGGCGUUCGAGGACAUCAUCAAGCAGCUGGCCGACCUCGACCAGUACGCCAAGAUCAAUGUGUGGGCCGUGCAGAAACUGAUGAACACCUACGCCAAGAAGAAGGUCAAGAACAUCGACGCAUUCUUUAGCAGCAAAGUAGACAGCACCGAACUCGGACAAUGUUCACAGCUCAAGAAGAUCACAUUGGAAAUCGAACGUGAAUUCCAAACCAUGACACAAUCUGGAUUAAACUUUUUAAAUAAUCCAUACAUUAAUUUAUUAAGUCCAAAACAAAAAGAAUUAUCACAAACAGUUACUCAACUUUGUCAACUUGUAAUAUCAAAUGAUGUAAAUUCAUUAAACAAAUGUAUUUCUGAUAUUAAAGUGUUGAUGGAAGAACUAAGGUUAGCAGAGGAUCAACCGAUGUGGAAGGAAACAGUUCAUUCAUGUAUUCACAAAGCUUCUUAUUUGGGACAUUUGGAUGUUGGAAAGUUUUUGUUUGAAAAGUUUGGUUCAAUCAUUAAUAUCAAUUUCAUCGAUGAGAUUGAUAAGCAGUUCAUUCAUAUUGCUGCGGGAAGAGGUCAUCCAGAAUUCGUAGAGUUCCUUAUUGAAAAGGGUGCUUCGAUUCACUGUGAAGAUUACCUCAAGCGAACACCUCUACACAUUGCAGCACAAAACUAUCAUAUCAACACUGUUAAGCUUCUACUAUCAAAGUCGGCACGCGUCGACACAAUGGAUCGUGAGGGAUGCACUCCUCUCUAUCUGGCAAGUCGUCAGCCAAACGACAACGCCGCUGUAAUCAAGGUGUUGCUCGAAGCAAACUCGCCAAUCACUCCGGGACCGUACGGACGUCACUUGAUUCACGAAGCAGCCAUCCAGGGUUCGGUCAACAACAUGACCGUGCUCCUUGAGAAUCCACAGAUCAGUGUCAAUGCUACCGAUUCAUUCGGUCGCACUCCACUCUUUGAAUGCGCAAAGCGUGGUUUCACCGAGGUGAUCUCGUUGCUGCUCGCCAAAGAUGCGCUGGUCGACUUGACCGACGAGGACAAGCGCACUCCCAUUCACAUGGCAGCAGGUAACGGUCAUCGUAAAAUCAUUGAGAUACUCGUUGAGCAACUCAACAAAGACAAAUCGACACGUGAAAUAUCAAAGAUUAUCAAUUCGCAAGACGACGACGGAUGGACACCUCUCCACGAGUCUGCCUAUUUCAACUUUUUGGAGUGUACAAAGAUAUUGCUCGAAAACAAAGCUAAUCCAUUCAUUCAAGACAAGGAAGAGUGGUCGCCAAUCGUUCAUUCGCUGUAUCGUGGAAACAUCCAGACAGCCAUUACCAUCAUGGAGUAUUGCAAAGCCAACGAGAUUGUAGAUACCACCUACUCAUCGACACCGAAUCUAAAGGAUUCCAAAGGUAUUCCACAGUCACCAAAGAUUGAGCUUAACAGAUCGACCAGUGAAAUCGACUUGCGUGCAUCCACCUCUGGUUCAUCGACACCAAAGAUCAAUCCAGCCAAUGCCUCUACUAUUCUCUCAAAGAAGAUUCCGAAAUCAUCGAUUUCCAAUGUGACAUUCAAGAUUAUUGCUACCGUCAAGCCAGGAUAUCGCGUCGGUAUCAUCGGUAACAGAAAAGCUCUGGGCAAGUGGAAUCCAGCUCACGCACUCUUUUUGAAUCUCGCCGAGUCAAUCAACGGUGCCUCAGGAGAAAGUGUCUGGGUUGGAAAGGCAAGCUUGCCAACCAACGUCCAGGUGGAAUACAAAUACAUUAUCUGUGAGGAGAGUCGUCUCGAGAUGUGGGAAGCACUACCGGAGAACAGAAAGUUCUCGCCAGAGGAAGAGGAAGAGUUGAUCAACGACGGAGUGUUUGGUGCCAUCUCUGAGGAGCACUUGAACUCUGCGCCAACACACGGCGAUCUCUCAAUGGAUCCAUCGUUGCCAUCGCUCUCGCAAUCACAGCUCGUAGUACCACUGCCAUCCACUCAACAAAAGACACUGUUUGUCGAAAAAGGUUGGUUGGUAAACGACAACCAAAUUAGAAUUCGAUUCGGUGAGACAUCGCCUGUCGAUCCACAACGUAAGUUGAUUCAGCCAAUCAAGAUGUACAACGACGCAGAGAUUGGAAGAAUCGUGGUGUCCGUGCGUAACAAUAACAACGAGAAUCUCCAGGGAACUUCGCCAACGCAGAUCUCACAUCCAUGCACCAAAGACCAGACUAUCACCUUCCAGACACCGCAACUCAACAACUUCCAAACCGUGCAAUUCGAUAUGUAUCGUAUGGGAAUGUCGCACGUCCUCAUUGGUAGAGCUGUCCUGCUGGCAUCGGAUCUGCUCAACACCAAGCCCGCCAAGAUAACCGUCCCCAUUAUGAACUCAACAUUGACAACCAUCGGUGAACUAACAGUAUUCCCACUGAUCGUAACACCAUUCACCCAUCCAAACAUCAGCCAAGUUCUUUCCAACACCUAUUGGAAGUCGACCCUACUCAUUGGUCAUCGUGGUGGAGGUGCUGAGAAUGCACGUAAUGUCGGUCGCUACAAACGUACACACAUCAAAGAGAAUACCAUUCUCUCAUUUGUUACAGCGGCAUCGCUAGGUGCACAAUAUAUCGAGUUUGACGUGCAGCUAUCGCGUGACAAUGCACCGAUAAUCUACCACGACUUUGAAAUCAACAUCGGUGGCAUCAAGGUGCCAGUCAACAAGGUUCCACUCGACCAGAUCUCGAAUAUCCAACCGAAACGCAGACCUCUAGCGUCGCCACACAGCAGAUCGCGUUCCAUGCAAGAUCUACUCUCCAACGAAGAUCAGAAUCCGCUAUCGCUCAGCAGUGGAAGCGUGCCACCCUCUUCGUCACAACAGCCAUCGACAACCAUCUCUGACUCGAUGACCACACUCGAGGAGACAUUCAAGCGUGUCCCAAUCGAGACUGGAUUCAACAUUGAGAUCAAAUAUCCUUGCCAAGAGACAGAGGCUAAGCAACGUCUCAACUCGGUCGAUCGUAACGCCUAUGUCGACAUCAUCUUGGGUGUGGUGUUUGAGCAUGCCGGUGACCGUCAAGUGAUGUUCUCAUCGUUCGACCCAGACAUCUGUAUAUUAUGUUCAUUGAAACAACCACGUUACCCGGUGUUCUUCUUGAACAACGCUGGAUUCUCACAACACUCUGAUCCACGUACCAACUCGAUCUCAGAGGCCAUCCGUUUCUCGAAAUCCGCACAUCUCCUCGGUAUCGUAACCAACUCACGUAUUCUCACAGAGGGUACACCAAUCAUCAGAGAAGUAAAGAUGGCAGGUCUAAUGCUAUGCAGUUGGGGUCAAGAAAACAACGAUCCUGCAUUAGUAGAUCUUCAAGAAACUCUUGGUGUAGACGCAGUCAUCGUAGAUCAUGUUGCAUACAUCUCAAAACAUUAUAAUAAAUAA